AUGGCCAAAGUCAAGCUAUCUCUUACAUCCAUUCCUCUCGACGCCAUCUACCAAAUUCUACAUACAAUCGAUAAUAAACCCGACCUCGACAAUCUCUGUCUCGCCUUCCCUUAUAUAGGAGAAAUUGUCGCAGAAAACACCCAUAUCGUCAAGCAACUAUAUUGGAAGGAGAUCCAAAAUGACUUCUUCGCGCCUCUCGCAUUGUUGAACUCGACGUUGAACAAAUCAGAUGAAGCUUCACAAUUAUUGCAGUCGCUAGUUCCACCAAAACACUCCGAAGAUGGCGACGACGAAACGAGUACCCAAGACCCAAAUAUACAACUAACCCCAGCGGCUCUGGUUAAGACACUUAGCCCGCAAGCUACUUUUAACAUGACAAUCACCCAUAUGCAGAUAGAAAAACUCGCCUAUAUAUUCAUGAAAAACCAACUUGAAUCUCACUACCCACCACCCCAGAUUUACCGUUCCCCGACGUGGGGUGAAAGAACGAGAGUCAUCAUGGCGAUCUAUAGAGCGCACAUCAUGGUCGCCAUGCGAUUCGUGAAUCAUCCGAAAUUUCCAAUAUCGAGCUCAACGUACAAUACCUAUCUCGAGAUUUCUGAAAAAAUGAUACCACAAAUCCAACAGGAGGUAUUCUAUAUCUUGUGGGAUCAGUGGAAUUAUUGGGAUUUCAAAGAGGUGGGUGUUGUUCUUGAUAAACUCUGGUCUGAGCUUCCAAUGGCGGUUUAUAGGGAAGCCUUGGGGAAGGGGCUAGGUGUGGACUGCAAUCUGUUCGAAGCAUUGCAUCGGCAGGUACGCCGUAAAAAAGAAUCGCCAUCGAGACAAACAGAAGCCGAAUGGAUGGAUGAUUCGAUUUCAUUUAUGUUCUCAAUGCGGGAUUGGAACCCAGGAAAACAUGUGGAGUUUCUAGAGAACCUGGGAAAUCGAAAAAAAUCAGCAGACUGGCUUUUCGCCACCGCAAACGAUGGUGAUUGCUUAUUCCCGUGGAUUGACUGGGAUGAUACUCCAAACUGCCAUAAAAUGAACGUUGCCCUCAGAACCCAUCUUUACUUCACGACUGCUCUUAGAAUACGGUAUUUGGAAACUGAAGAGAUCACAAAAGAAACAUAUACUAGGCCCGGUCAGACUUGGUAUUGCCGCCCACCUCCACGGCGGCUGAUUAAGGGCAUAACCGGACAAAUAGCUGUACCAAGGAUUAAAGAUACUAAAUAUUCGCGUGUAUCUAGGACCUGGAUUUCGCCGAAUCAGGAGAAUGUGUGUGCUAUGGUUGUAGACUGCCUAUGGGACGAUUGGAGGUUGAAAGAAUGGGGGUAUUUCCUUCCAGAGUUUUUGGGGGACGGGUCUUAG